AUGAGCUCCCCAUCAUCAGGUAAGAAUCGUAGAUAUUUAAGUAAUGAUACAUACGAUCAAUUCAAGAAAAUACUGUUUGAAAGGGACUUCAACACAUGUAUUAAUACAAUAAUGAAAUUUUACAAUGACGGAUAUAUAUUUCUAAGUUAUGAAGCUUCAGAUAUCACUAUUAAAGAUUUAGAUUUAAGUAUAAAUUACAGAGAUUCCGAUAAAAUAAGUGAGUUAAAUAAACAUCUGUAUGAUAUAUGUGGCAUUCACUGGUUGAGCUACUUAAUUCAUUGUUAUCUAUAUUUAAAUGAUACUACAAAUGCAUAUAAAUAUAUAAGAGAAGUAGAAAUAAAUUGUUUUAAUUUUUUGACACCUAUGGACUAUGAUCCAUUAGUGUGGGAGUCAUGUUAUUCACUAAUAUAUCCAUACGGAAGAAGUGGAGAUAAUGAAAAUGUGUACUCACAGGAAUCUCAAGAUACCAAUAUACGAAGAGAUAUAUUCUUUUUUUUUCGUAUCCAUGUUAUUCAAGGUAAAUUAAUGUUUUACAAGCUAUGGAUACAGAAUAAUAAUAAUACAACCCAACAGAUUAAUGAUAAAUAUCAAAACUAUGAAUCUUUAUAUACUUUUUGUCUUGAUGACUUAUAUUUAUUACUGAAUGAAAUCGAUAUAAUAUUUAAUAAUUUAAAGGGAGAAUCUUCAUCUAAUCUUCAAUAUAGGAAAUGGUUUUAUAAACUAAAGACUACUAGUUAUUUAUUAUGCUCAACUUUAGUACUACAUGAGUACUAUCAAGAAGCAAUAUAUAUAUUAGAGAAUUAUAUACUGAAAUACAAUCCUAACAAUAUUCCAUGCUUGUCAGUAUUUUCAAGACUAUGUAUUCAUUAUGGAGAUACCAAACUUUUUGAAACUAUUUCUAAUAGGAUACAAGAAAUUCUUAAUCGUGAUGAAAUAAGUAAAGAUUCAGUUAAUAUUGCUACUCAUAGAUUCAAUUAUGGGCUAUUAAAUUUAAUUCAGGAUGAUCCUGUAGCUGCUUCACUUGACUUUAGUACAUCUGCUGCUUUAUAUAAAGAAUUAUCUUUAGGUAUUAAUUUUGAUCUUUCAUUAUCAGCAAGUAUAUCUGCAAAUAAUUUAGCGGUUACAUAUUUUUACUCUACAAAAUUACAAGCUGCAACUAGUUUAUUAGAGAGUUGUAUAUAUGGCAAUCGUCAAAAUGGAUCUCGUAGUGAAUUAUCCCCUAUAAGCAUCAAUAAUUUGAAGACUUUAUACCAAUUUUCUACAGAUAGAGAUAAACUUAUUGAAGAUUUAAAAAAAGUUAGCUAUGAAACACUUAAAUUUGAUGCAUUUGUUUGA